UAAAACAAGAGAGAUAUUUAUCGUCUUCCAUAAAACCCAAAACCCUACUUCUGCUGGCAUUAUCCUCCUCUGCUUCCUUUCACAUCUUCAACUCACUUCCCCUGCGUCAUUUCAUUUCAUUUCCACACUCUCCAAUCACUAAUCGCUAUGAGAAGCACUGAACACUGAGGGUAAUGGAAGGCUAUGAGAAGCGCACGGCGCAGAGGCAUAACGGUGGAAAUGGAGUGAUAGUCCCGUCGUAUAGUUCUUCGCGCCAGGAAUUUGGCGCGCAUGCUGCUGCGAGAAACGCUUAUUCAACUUCAAGAUACGAUAUGGCUGUGACGAGGAAUGUUAAGAAAAAGCAAAAGCGUAAAUGUCUUCAGGAGCUGCUUACAACUGAUUAUAUUGUGAACAACGUGUUGCGGAAGGGUGGUCCUCCACUUGGUCAGGAAUUUGAUUUCCCUCCUGGACCCAAAUAUUUCACUUCUGCUUGUCAAGAGGACCAAGGUUCCACCAAAAAGAGGAAGGUUUCCAAGAGUGCAAUUCAAAGUCCUGUGGAUUGUAACACAAAAGCACCUGUGAGGAAACACGGUAUUGGCAAAGGUCUGAUGACAGUUUGGAGGGCAACAAAUCCUGAUUCCAGAGACCUUCCCAUUGGUUUUGGCAUUGCUGGCCAAGAAGUUCCUCUAAUAUCUAAUUCUACAAGACAGAAACCAGUCCAUGGGAACAACAGGUCAUGCAAUACAGUAAACAUGAACGGAAUGCCAAAAAAUAAAAUGCAGAGCAAGAGAAAUAAAUCGCAGGAUAAGAGGAAACUUUCCAUGCAAAGAAGAGUGGGGGAAUUGAACCUAUAUGUGACUCUGAAUCAGCCACCAAAGGAAAAAUGUGAACUAGCUUUGGAUAAUGCCUUAUCCGAGGAUGGAGUUGAUCGAGUUUCAAUGUUAAUUGAUGAUGAAGAGUUAGAGCUGAGGGAGUUGCAAGAAGGAACCGAUCUGUUUAUGUGUUCUGAUCAUCUUGCUUCCAGUGGAAUGCUUGGCCGUUCACUUUGUACAGAUGUGCUAGUGAAGUUUCCCCCAGACACUGUCAAGAUGAAGAAACCUAUCCGUUUGCAACCUUGGGACUCGUCUCCAGAAAUUGUGAAGAAAUUAUUUAAGGUUUUCCAUUUCAUUUAUACAUAUGCGAUGAUUGUUGAUAUUUGUCCCUUCACUCUUGAUGAGUUUGUUCAAGCAUUUCAUGAUAAGAUUUUAAUAAUGAUUUGGCAGGUUGAAAAUCAAGAAUAUUCCCUGGACUUCUGGAGAAGAUCUCUAAAUUCUCUUACUUGGAUUGAAAUACUCCGUCAGGUGCUGGUUGCUUCUGGAUUUGGUUCAAAACAAGGUUCCUUACGUAGAGAGGUCCUUAGCAAGGAAUUGAAUCUUCUUGUAAACUAUGGUCUAUGCCCUGGCACUUUGAAGUGUGAGCUGUUUAACAUCUUGUCUGAGAGAGGGAACAUUGGAUGCAAAGUAUCUGAACUGGCAAAGUCAACGCAGAUUGCUGGAUUAAACCUUGCCGGCACAAAUGAGGAACUUGAGUCUUUGAUAUAUUCCACGCUUUCAAGUGAUAUUUCUUUAUUUGAAAAGAUUUCAUCAACUGCAUACCGAUUGCGUAUGAGCAAUGUUAUGAAGGACAGUGAUGAAUCUCAUUCAGAUACGGAGGACUCUGGUAGUGUUGAUGAUGAACUUAAUAACAUUGAUACGUGUAGCAGUGGUGAUGAUUUUGAAAGUGAUUCCAUAAACUCCAGUAUAAGAAAAUUGAAGCGUGCAAGCAGUCAUAAAAUUAAAAAUAAUAUGCUGCAAGUGUACACUGAAAUUGAUGAGAGCCAUCCUGGAGAAACAUGGUUAUUAGGACUGAUGGAGAGUGAAUAUUCAGACUUGAACAUUGAAGAAAAAUUGAAUGCGUUGGCAUCUUUAACCGAUCUUCUUUCAUCUGGAUCCAGCAUCAAGAUGAAGGAUUCAACAAAAGUAACAGCUGAUUGCAAUUCUAGCAUCCCAUUACGUGGUUCUGGAGCUAAAAUAAAGAGAUCAGUAGUAAAGAAACCUGGGCCAUUUUGGAACCAGAAAGUACACAUAAAUUCUGAUCCCUGUCCAGUAGAUUCCUCAUCAUUAAUCUCAAGAUUCACUUCCUUUGAAAAGGCACAAAGUUCAUCUAUUUUGCACCCUAUUCAAUCAGUGUUUCUGGGAUCUGAUCGUCGGUUCAAUAGAUACUGGCUUUUCUUGGGCCCUUGUAAUAUAGAUGACCCAGGCCACAGGAGGAUUUACUUUGAAUCAUCUGAAGAUGGUCACUGGGAGGUUAUUGAUACUGAGGAGGCCUUGUGUACCUUGUUGUCAGUUCUGGAUGAUAGAGGAAAACGGGAGGCCCUUCUUAUUGAAUCUUUGGAAAGAAGACAAACUUCUCUAUGCAGAUCUAUGUCCAGGAUUAAUGUUAAUAGUUCUGGAAUGGGUUCCAUGUCACAUUCUGAUCAAUCUGAACUGGAUAUGGUCACAGAUGACAGUUAUUCUCCUGCAUCUGAUGUAGACAAUCUGAACCUGACUGAGAUUGGUAAAGACUCUUUGCCAUCAGUUGGAGCUGUGGUAAUUGAAGCUGGAAAGAGAAGAGAGGAACAAAUUCAAAAAUGGAUCCGUGUUCAAGAAUAUGAUUCUUGGAUCUGGGAUUCCUUUUACUUGCAACUCAAUGUUGUAAAAUAUGGUAAAAGGUCUUAUCUGGACUCUCUUGCCAGAUGUAAGAGUUGUCAUGAUCUAUACUGGAGAGAUGAGAGGCACUGUAAAAUUUGUCAUAUGACAUUUGAGCUUGAUUUUGACCUAGAAGAAAGAUAUGCAAUCCACAUAGCCACAUGCAGGGAGAAAGAAGACAGCAAUACAUUUCCUAAUCAUAAAGUGCUAGCAUCACAUAUUCAAUCACUGAAAGCUGCAGUUUAUGCUAUUGAGUCUGUUAUGCCUGAAGAUGCCCUAGUUGGUGCUUGGAGGAAGUCUGCUCAUAAACUAUGGGUGAAACGGCUCAGACGCACCUCAACUUUAGUGGAGCUUUUGCAGGUUCUUGCCGAUUUUGUUGGUGCCAUCAAUAAGGACUGGCUGUUUCAAUGCAAAUUUCCGGAUGGUGUGGUUGAAGAAAUCAUUUCAUCUUUUGCAUCUAUGCCCCAUACAUCAUCUGCCCUUGCUCUGUGGUUAGUAAAGUUAGAUGCCAUAAUUGCUCCCUACCUGGACAGAGUCCAUCCUCAGAAGAAGCAGGGAAUCAGUCAACACGAUCCUUGGCGAUAGGUAUACAUGCGUAUAUUGGAACUGAAAUGAAGGAACUACCUGUUCUACUCCCUGACGCCCGGAAGGAUUUAUCCGAGAUUCUUGUGCUGGCUUCACUUGGUUCUGAAUUUUUAGAAUGACUACAAUUUGGCCAAGGCAAAACUUCGGAUGUCAAAAUCGUAUAUACGCAGGCAAUCCUGUUGGUGGUCAGAUGUAUAGGUUUAGAUUUUUUUUUCUACAUAAAAAAAUACUGGGUAGCUCGAGUUUUUUGGUGCGUAAUCCCACUUUGUUUCUACAAGGUCACCCAUUUUUUAUGCUUCAUGUUUGUGGUCUUCUCAUUCGAGAAAUCAAUUUUGUCUUUGUAUCUUACAGAAUAAUAAUGUCGUACUGAUUCAAAAUAAUUUGUAUCAUGAGAGGAUUACAGAGUUUAAGGCCAUUUAUAAAGUAAAAAUCGAUUUACUUUGCUUUAAAGACUGUAAAAGUAGAGCAAAUCUAUUGAUUUGCAUCUUAUGAGCUUAUAAAUGAUCAUAAAGCAAGAAAAAAUUAUGUGAAUGAGAAAAAAAUAUUCAAAUGUAUGAGAAAACAAUAAAAAGAGUGAAAGUUAUGCACUCAGUAAAAGUAAAGGUAUAUAGAAGUCUUAUUUAAAUGUUUGGGGAAAUUAUGUACUCGAGUGAGAAUGAAAAUUCAUUCAAAUAAACAAAAA